CCUCCUUUCAAACCCCUUUCUCCCACUACAUAUCGCCAAUUUCCAUCCACAAUGCGUGAGAUUGUCCACCUCCAGACCGGCCAGUGUGGUAACCAAAUCGGUGCCGCUUUCUGGCAGACCAUUGCUGGUGAGCACGGCCUUGACGGCGAUGGCCAGUACAAUGGUUCCUCCGACCUCCAGCUGGAGCGCUUGAACGUCUACUUCACCCACGCCAGCGGUGACAAGUACGUUCCCCGUGCCGUCCUGGUCGAUCUGGAGCCCGGUACCAUGGACGCUGUCCGUGCCGGUCCCUUUGGCAAGCUCUUCCGUCCCGACAACUUCGUCUUCGGUCAGUCCGGUGCCGGUAACAACUGGGCCAAGGGUCACUACACCGAGGGUGCCGAGCUCGUCGACCAGGUCAUCGAUGUUGUCCGCCGUGAGGCCGAGGCUUGCGACUGCCUCCAGGGUUUCCAGAUCACCCACUCCCUGGGUGGUGGUACCGGUGCCGGUAUGGGUACACUCCUGAUCUCCAAGAUCCGUGAGGAGUUCCCCGACCGUAUGAUGGCUACCUUCUCCGUCGUCCCCUCCCCCAAGGUCUCCGACACCGUUGUUGAGCCUUACAACGCCACUCUGUCCAUCCACCAGCUCGUUGAGCACUCCGACGAGACCUUCUGUAUUGACAACGAGGCUCUGUACGACAUCUGCAUGCGCACCCUCAAGCUCAACUCCCCCUCCUACGGUGACCUGAACCACCUGGUCUCUGCCGUCAUGUCCGGUGUUACCACCUCCCUCCGUUUCCCCGGCCAGCUCAACUCCGACCUCCGCAAGCUAGCCGUCAACAUGGUUCCCUUCCCUCGUCUGCACUUCUUCAUGGUCGGCUUCGCUCCCCUGACCAGCCGCGGUGCCCACCAGUACCGCCAGGUCAGCGUUCCCGAGCUGACCCAGCAGAUGUUCGACCCCAAGAACAUGAUGGCUGCCUCUGACUUCCGCAACGGCCGCUACCUGACCUGCUCUGCUCUGUUCCGCGGUAAGGUCUCCAUGAAGGAGGUUGAGGACCAGAUGCGCAACAUCCAGAACAAGAACUCCAGCUACUUCGUUGAGUGGAUUCCCAACAACGUCCAGACCGCUCUGUGCUCUGUUCCUCCCCGUGGUCUCCGCAUGUCCUCCACCUUCGUUGGUAACUCGACCUCCAUCCAGGAGCUGUUCAAGCGUAUUGGCGACCAGUUCACUGCCAUGUUCCGUCGCAAGGCUUUCUUGCAUUGGUACACUGGUGAGGGUAUGGACGAGAUGGAGUUCACUGAGGCUGAGAGCAACAUGAACGAUCUUGUCUCCGAGUACCAGCAGUACCAGGAGGCCUCCGUCUCCGAGGGCGAGGAGGAGUACCUCGCUGAGGAGGGCGGUCUCGAGGAGGAGGUCUAAAUGUGCUGAUUGCCCGGCAUUUU